ACAACUUCCUGUUGAUGCAGUGGCGGCCCGUACUUACUACUAAGGUACAUAAAUACGAAAAGCUGUGGAAAUGAUACACGUAAAACCUCCUCCAAUAACACAAAAAGCGUCCUACAAUUUACGGUGGUUGGAAGCCGAAGGCCACGAUGUUAAUUUAUCGGGAAUUGCAGUUAACUCCAAAGGAGACAUUGCCGUGUCCGACCAGGGAUGUGAUCGUCUCAUCAUUUUGAACGAAGAUGGAACAUUCAAAGAAACAAUCGGUGGUAGUGGAACAGAAAAUGGCAAUUUGUCGUUACCUGAUGGAAUAGCGUACAACAAAAGCAACCAUUUGUUAGUUUCUGAUUAUGGAAACCAUCGUAUUCAACUGUACGAUUGUAGAGCUGGUAAAUUUUGUUUUUCAUUUGGAUCUGGUGGGACAGCUGAUGGGCAGUUUAACUUUCCCUGUGGUUUGUCCAUAGACGAACAUGACAAUAUAAUUGUUAGCGACUGGGGCAACAAGCGAGUUCAAGUUUUCGACGAACGCGGAAAUUUCAAGCUUAAAUUUUCAAGUCACGCUAUUUUGGAGAAGAAAUCAUGGGGAUGUCGUGACUCGUCUGGCAUAAGCGAACCCCAACACUGUGUAGCUUUUAAAAACUCAUAUUUCAUGACGGAUGGAUGUGCAAACUGUGUAAAAGUAUUCGAUAAAAGUGGGACAUUUAUACAUAAUAUUGGUUGCAUGAAUUCCCCUCAAGGGGUCGCAGUUACCGAAAGUGAAAUUUUGUGUGUUUGCGAUUCGAACAAUAACAGUGUGCAGAUGUAUUAUCUCGAUGGUAAACUUAUUUCUAAUUUUCCCCACCUUAACUGGCCAAUGUACCUUGCAGUAGGAGUAAAUGGAGAAAUUUUUGUGAGUGAGAGGGGAACUUGCCAAAUUACCGUCUUAAAAUUACCUUAUUAAAUAUAUAAAAAUUUGAGACGAUCACCAAGUCCAUUUAGUUAAUGGGCCUUCAAACCAGACAGAUUUUGCAUACAUAUCAUAUUUCAAACAAUCCAUUUAACGAAAUACUUACAGCUGCUAACCGCCUUGAAAUAAUUCAUACAAUUUGUGAAAUAAAUGAUUAUCCGAAGACUUUCCUAUUGUUCGCGAGUGUGUGUUUUUCAUUUUUUCGUUUAACUGAGUGAAGACCCAACGCGAAAAUGCCAUGUCACGCAAUAUGUUAGCCUAUUUAAGAUACAAACAGCCUCUCCGCGAAACGAAAACCUGGGGACAUCUUGCGGAGAGAUUGCUUUCAUUUCUUUCGGCAAGCAUAAGGUGAGCAAGC